AUGAGGUGGCUCUUAGGCAGCAGCUGGAGAAAAUUUGGACAUGCUGACAGGGGAAACUACGACUGGUUGACCAGUGAACCAACUGGGCCACUUCUGGAAACAGAGCUUCAGAGCAGGCAACAGAUGAGUUCAACCAAAGAAGACAUAGAACCUUUCCUGUGCAUCAUAUUGCCUGCCACCAUGAUGCUUUUCCUGGCAUUCCUGCUGCUCUUCCUGUACCGCCGUUGCCAGCACUCCACCCCACAGGGUCAAAUCUUCAGCAUUGACCUCCCUGAGGCACUGCCUGAGCAUGAUGUUUCCAGUUUUCUUUCAGCACUGCCCUGGAACGCUGAGCAGAGCUUCCACUACUCCACUCUGCUCCCUGAAGCCUCAUUCCUCACUGUGUAUUUGCCUCCCUCCUAUGAGGAGGCCACUAUGAAGACUUCCAUGGAAGAGACUCACACUGAGCUCUCUCCAGAUCCAGUGCCUCCUUACGAAGAGAGCCUUUGCAGUCCAGCAGCAUCAAAUAAACUUCCUGUGGAAGCACCUUAG